CAUCGAUAAAAGAGUGGUAUCUGAGUGGGCUACUUUAUCUAUCUCCAGGCCUAUCAAUCCCCAACCCAUCCAGCCUCUCCAAGCCAAGAUAAGCUUAAACGGACCAACUAGUCUAACCCACCACGGUCAUGUUGGCGUCGAGUGUCCGAACGGUUUGAGGGUUUGAGGAGGGGUUGUGAGUGGCUGCUGAUUCCAUCUUUCAAGAUUGGUUACCUUAUCUUGAAAGACAUGUCGUCGUAGGUUCUCAUCUCUAUUUACCUUUUCUUCUUCUUCAUGUUCCCUCCUUCCAUCUUUCUUGAUUUGCCCUUGUCUCGAGAGUCCCAAGAUCGCGGAAUGUGCACAUGGAAGCCAGUGUUACACCGCCGAUAGUGAUCUGUAAACGUUGGAGUUUCAUUGCAUUCGUCUUCUACAUCUCUACCGUACAUUAUUGAAGUACUACACACAUUUUCCAAUCUUGCUCAUCUUACACCACCACAGUGUCAGUCUCAAACCCAAUUCUAGAUACGACAGUCAAGAUGGGCACUCAUGACUCCAUAUCCUCUGUCCAACCCGACCUGGAGCAACCCUCCCAUGCCGGCGGCCAUGGCAGCAACGGCAUCGAUGAACUCGACGAGUCCCGUCUCGCCCAGUUCGGCUACAAGCAAGAACUCAACCGCGACUGGGGCCUAGCUCACAACUUUGGCGUAUCCUUUUCCAUCAUCUCCGUCAUCACCGGUCUCACCACCCUCUUCUCCUAUGGCCUCGCCACCGGCGGUCCAGCCGUCAUGUCCAUCUCUUGGAUCGUCAUUUCCUUCUUUACCCUCCUAGUCGCCAUCGCCAUGGCCGAAAUCGUUUCCGCCAUCCCUACCUCCGGCGGCCCUUAUUUUUGGUCCGCCAUGCUCGCUCCUCCACGAUGGUCUCCCUUUCUAGCCUGGUUGACGGGCUGGUUCAACUUGCUCGGUCAAGUAGCCGUCACGACGGGCAUCACGUUCGGGCUGGCGGGCCUGGUGUCUACAGCCAUCACAGUCAAGAACCCCGAUUACGAACCGACGGCUGCCAAGACGAUUGGCAUCUAUGCGGCCCUGUUGGUUAGUCAUGGCGUGGUGAACACGUUUGGCGUGAAGGGGCUGAGGUUCUUGAAUAACGUGAGCAUCGUGCUGCAUAGCGCGGGGAUUACGGCGCUUUGUAUUGCUGUCUUGGCCAAGGCGCCCAAGCUGCAGAGCGCCAAGUUUGUGUUUGGGACAUAUCACGAUGGGACGGCAGCCGAAGAAGGGACAGAAGGCUGGGGCCAGCGCGCAUCCCCGGCAUAUGUGGUCCUCUGCGGCGCUUUGCUGUCUCAGUAUACCCUCACUGGUUUUGACGCCAGUGCACAUCUGAGCGAGGAGACAAAGAAUGCGAGUUGGUCUGCGCCCAUUGGCGUAGUGAGCUCUGUAGGGUUCAGCUCGCUGUUUGGCUUUUUCGUGCUCAUGGCUUUCCUUUUCAGCAUCCAGGACUUUGAGAGCACGCUGAACAGCAAGUAUGGGCAGCCCGUGCUACAAAUCUUGGUGGACGUUGCUGGCGAGGAUGGCGCCCUGGUCUUGUUCAGCUUGAUCAUGCUUUGUGUCUGGCAUUGUGGGCUGUUUAGCAUGACGAGCAAUUCGCGCAUGAUGUUCUCCUUUGCGCGUGACAGAGGCAUUCCCUCCUUUUUCCACCAAGUCGACGACCGCUUUAAAUCCCCUAUCCGCGCCGUCUGGCUCGCCGCCAUUCUCUCCUUCAUCCUCGCCCUCCCCUCUUUAGGGAGCGAUGUCGCCUUCGCAGCCGCCACCUCCAUCGCCACGAUCGGUCUGUACCUCUCCUACGGUCUGCCUAUCAUGAUCGGUUUCUUCUGGCACAAGAACUUUACAGCCAUGAAAGGCCCCUUCAACCUCGGCGCUCUCUCCCGUGUCAUCGCUGGCGCGGCAUGCUUGUGGAUCUGUUUCAUCACGGUGGUGUUCUGUUUGCCUACUGCCAACCCGGUUACCAGCCAGACGCUGAACUACACCGUUGUGGCGGUGGGAAUCAUUGCGGUUGGGUCGAUAGGGUCAUGGGUCGUUUGGGCGAGACGGUGGUUUACGGGCCCGGCGGCCGAGGUGGCCGAGGCCAUGAGGUUGGGUGUCGAUAUCACGGAGCCGGGGGCGUUGGAGAAAAAGGAGAAGGAGGCGUUGGAGGGUGCGAGGAUGGAAGGAGAGAGGGAAGCGAGGGAAAGGGAGGAGAAGCAGCCACCUGCUGUCAGUGAGUAAUCAAUUGGGCUCGAAGCGUGGUACAAUAUCAAUACAGCACCUCCUCAUUCCAUCCGGGUAUAUCAUCAAGUGUCAAGUUCCAUGACACUGCUACAAAUGUGGUCCUUUUCGGAGUUGACACAUAGCGCUCAUCGAGCAAGCACCAGUACCGAACAUGGACGAGCACGAGGAGACCGUCUAAUAGCAUGCCCUUAUAGGAAAGAACAUCAAACAAGCAAAUAGCAUUCAAUCUGUUUUCACAUGACCGUCCACAUCAUCAGUCCCUCCUCCUACUUCCACCUCAAAGCUCCUUUCUAACCAAAUCAACAGUCGCACAAUGAAACGAUCCCCCCAAGCUAUUCACGUGUCUAAACGGCAACCUCACCACUUCCAUCCCAAACUCCUCCUCCAACCACCUCGCAAACCUCUCCUGCCUCUCCUCCACCACAAUCGUCUUCUCAUCCACACUCAUGGCAUUGAGAACCAACCACUUGGAGCACAUGUACCUCGGCGGUCCCUCAUCCUCCUCCUCUUCCUCCUCCUCUUCGGGAUUCCACGGCAACGGCCGCAAAUCCCAGUCCCUAAAAACCUCAUGCCGUCGCAGUUCCUCCUCGGUGACACGCGAGGGGCAGUAGAUCAACGUCCCCUGGCGCAAGGGGAGGAUGGUCGCAUCUAUGUGCAUCGCGUGGUCAUCGGUGGUGUUGAGGAGCUCGACGGUAUACGGGGCGGGCAGCACGGCGCGGAGAUAGUCGACGCCUUUGGGGUUAGUGACGUGCGAGAGCUGGCCGAUGAGGACGGUGCCGAAGCGCAUAAAGUCUGCGCAGUCAAAGGCUGGGCGGGUAUUGUUGAUUGCCCAGUGUGUUGAGGUUUGUUUGCCGUUUUGACUGCUUCUGGGGAUGGUUCCGUUCUGUUUGGCACCACCAUCUUUUUCAGGCUUGUCGUCAUCCAAAAGCCCAUCAUACAACGUAUCGCCCCCCACAAUCUUGGGAGCACGACACACCCUCACUGACUCGCCUGCUUUCCGAGCCGUUUCCAUGAUAUCCUCCAGAACAUCAUGGUACGCAAGCUCGAUCUCACCCCUCCUACAGCCCCAACCAAAACACGCCUCGACCAUCGUCCUCCCCACCACCAUCAGUCCGUCCCUCGGCAUUGCACCGGUAUACCCUCCCUUUCCCUCAUUUGCCUUAGCCCAAUUCACUUCUUUGGGUCUGUACACCUUGAUGCCGAAUCUGUCCGUCAUCACGCGCGCAAAGUUGUCGAGUUCUUGGUCUGCUUUGGCGACAAUGUCUGCUGGAAAGGGGUGGUGAGGACGGAAUUCGGGGUGGUGGAGGGUGGGCAUGGUUGCGCGGAUCAUGUGUGGAGGUUCCGAGGGGAAGAGGGAAUGGGUGGCACGGCCGAUGAUGAGGGCGCGGAGGGGGGAGUAUUCGUUGGAGGCUGAGAUGAUGGUGGGUGAAUCCAAGGUGGAGGGUGUCACUGUGUCUUUUUUGAGGAUCAUCUUGGGAAGCGUUGUGUGUCGAAUCUUGGUGUAUGGAUUGGGUUCAAAAAGUCUGGCGAUUUAGUCUGAGAGAUGUCGUGUACUGGACUCUCCUUCUUCAGGGUCUUGCCGGCGACUUAUAAGUCCGAGAGGCCCUGUUCGAAGCUUGACUUCUCGUCGUGAUUUCGCGCCUCAAGGUUGCCGCUCAUCCUUCCAGAACGUCAUUUGUCCUCCACAUGCAGUCCGCCGUCGCUUCAUUCCUCGGUCCAUCUUCCCUUCCAGCCAGCCCCAGCCCGUAUAUGCCAUUCCGAAGGGAACUCACCUCAGCUCAUCGUCUCGUGAAAGGAAAAACCACCAAGCAUGUGCACCCAACCUAUCACCUCCCCGACACGAUGUUUACUCAACUUUCCCAUCCCACGUUGUCAC